GUUCUUGGGAAAAUGUCUUUUUUUCCUUCUUAUUGGACAAUGGGCGGUAUUAUUAUCUGGUUGAUGUUGCUGUCAGUUGAUUUUGUUAAUUCUUACAUGGUAGAUGGAGAGUUAGGACCUAGGACUAGAACUUCUAUGACUUACAAAUAUGAAAGAACUGAUGAGGUCAAGAAAGAAUGUGCUUCUGUUUUAGCCUAUGCUUCUGAAUUGAAACCUGAUGAUGAUAACAGAAUCUAUAGCAUAAAACAAGAAUUAUCUUUUAUGAAUGGUGAUUGGUGGCAAGUGUCCAAUGGGGUUUCAGUAAUGCCUUUUGAUGAUAGAGAUUCAAAGAGAUCAUCAGAUCGUCGAUCCCCGUUGAACUUAGUUUCAUUCUGGGUUACUAAUGUCGAUCGUGCCCAUCGGAUUAAAAGGUCUGUGAGUGUGAGUGGAAUAUUGCAGAUUGGUAUUACCCUUGAUGGCUUGUUUUCGAGUAAACCAUUCGAAAAAAGUCCUCAUUUUGAUAUAUGGCCCAGUCAUUCCCAGCUUUCUGUGUCUUUCGAAGGAGUAUACAUUGAAUCGAAAAAAAGUCGAGAAGAAAGAGUGAUGUGUUUGUUAGGAUCCACCAUGUUGCCUUCUCGUCAGCAAGAGUCUACUGAUCCAUGGGAGUGGGUAAAGGAAUCGGGUUAUACUAAUCAGCCACCACUUAUGCAAGAUGAUCGAAUUUUACUCGUGCUUCAUUAUCCUAAAACAAAUACAUUGACAAAUAGAGCUAUUCUAGGAACCAUGAAAAGCUUAAACCCAAAGACCAGUUUUAAAUACUUUGAUGAAGUUCAUAUGUCUUCUUGGCUCGGAACUUCAUCAAAGUAUGAAUUUGGGUCUGAAAAAUUUGUGUCAAAAGCUUGUGAUCCGUACCCGUACAAAGAUAGUUUGAGUACUGAGAUAAAUACAUAUAGAGGGCUUGACUUUUGUAAUAUUCUUCAAAGAUUCACUCACCAAGAAGCCUUAACAGUUGUGCCAAACUGGAAAUGCAACGGUACGGAUGAUUUUUGCAGUCAAUUGGGUCCGUUUAAAUCAGACAAGGAGAUAAAGGCCACGGAGGGGGGUUUUAACGACGUCAAACUUGUCCUUCAAGAUGUUCGAUGUGAUAAAAUCACUUUCAAAGAUAAUGCCACUUUUUCUUUAAGGAUCUCUUCCAUGUUUAGAGUGGUUUCUCCAUUGGAGAAUCAGUUCACCGCAGCACAAAGGACUGGGCUUAAUAACAUGACUCUUUCGGCUGAGGGAAUCUGGAAAUCUUCCAAUGGACAGCUUUGUAUGGUUGGUUGCCGUGAAGAUAGCAACUGCGAUUCUCGAAUCUGCUUGUAUGUUCCCCUCUCCUUUUCUAUAACACAAAGGAGCAUAAUUAUUGGCCAUUUUUCCAGCGUUGAUGGAAGCAGUAGAAGUUACGUCCCUUUAUCAUUUGAGAAACUGAUCCGCCCAGUUGAGCUGUGGGAUGAAUAUACCGCUUCUCGCCCAUACUACAAGUACUCAAAAAUCGAUGGAGCUGCUACAGUCCUUGAAAAAAAUGAGCCCUUCAACUUUGGUUCAAUGUUUAAGAAAUCACUGUUGACAUUCCCAAAACUGGAAGAUGCAGAUUCUUUUCCCAUCAGCCUUUCGAUUCUUUCUGAAGAUCUCUCUCUUCACACAUCGGCAGUUGCCUCUGGUUCAGCUAACCAAAGAGUUGAAAUUGAAAUUGAGAUUCUUUCUCUUGGUCCAAUGUUUGGGCCUUUGUCAAAUGGUUCGAUCGGUGAAAAAGAGAAUACUUAUCAUGCUAAGGCUGAAUACACAGAAAAACAGCUUCUUUUAAAUGUUUCUGCUCAACUGAUUGUCACUGGGACGUCAUACAACAACAUCUCUUCGCUUUUUGUAGAGGGGCUAUAUGAUCCACAUGUCGGAAAGAUGUACCUCAUUGGUUGCAGGGAUGUUCGAGCCUCCUGGAAAAUCCUAUACGAAAGUAUGGACCUUGAAGCUGGAUUGGAUUGUCUAAUUGAGGUGGUUAUAGCAUACCCACCAACCACUGCUCGUUGGUUGGUCAAUCCGACAGCUAAAAUAUCCGUAUCCUCUCAAAGGAAUGAGGAUGAUCCACUCUAUUUUAAUCCUGUGAACUUCCAAACUUUCCCCAUUAUGUACAGGAAGCAGCGAGAAGAUAUUCUUUCCCGCAGGGGCGUAGAGGGAAUUCUCCGUAUCUUGACCCUCUCUCUGGCACUCUUUUGCAUUUUCAGCCAAUUAUUAUACAUCAGAGAUAAUGCGGAAUCGGUUCUUUAUGUCUCGCUUGCCAUGCUAGGUGUCCAAGCUCUUGGCUACGGCCUGCCAUUGAUCACAGGUGCAGAGGCUUUGUUCAAAAUGAUGGGUGCUGACGUCAAUGAGACUCCAUCUGACGAUCUUGAUAACAGCCAGUGGAUCCGUCUGAUCGAUUAUACCGUCAAGGUUCUUGUGCUUGUUGCCUUUUUAGUAACAGCAAGGCUCAGCCAAAAGGUGUGGAGAUCCCGUGUAAGAUUACUGACAAGGAGCCCUCUUGAACCACAUCGUGUUCCAAGUGACAAGUGGGUAUUUCUCAGUACACUGGUAAUACAUGCUGUUGGAUAUAUUGUUGUUUUGUUUAUGCACUCCUUUAAUACAAGUCAGAAACCUCUUCAUGCUGAACAUUACGUAGAUUCCACUGGAAAUUUCCACACAUUGAGGGAAUGGGAAACUGAGUUGGAGGAGUACAUGGGUUUGAUUCAAGAUUUCUUUUUGCUUCCUCAAGUAAUAGGCAACCUUGUUUGGCAAAUCAAUUGCAAACCACUCAGAAAGCUAUACUAUAUCGGGCUUACAUCCGUUAGACUUCUGCCUCAUGUAUAUGAUUACAUCAGAUCUCCUGUUCCUAAUCCCUACUUCUCUGAAGAAUACGAGUUUGUGAACCCCCGGUUUGAUUUUUACACCAAGUUUGGAGACAUCGCCAUACCGGUGGCUGCAGUUCUUCUGGCAGUUUUAGUGUACAUUCAGCAGAGGUGGAAUUAUGAGAAGCUUAGCGAAACGCUUAAACUGGGAAACAUUAAGCUUCUACCAGUGGGGUCCAAAGUAUAUGAGAGGUUACCUUCUGCUGAAGCUGAACUUACCUCGGGGGUAAAUAAUCACGUCAAAGACCGGGAUGUCAACUGAGUGAGAUUUUACUGACUUGAUGAGUGAGAUUACUCUUGAAAAAGAAAGUUUACUGACCUGUUGUAUGUACAUUUCGAGCAGUUUUAUCGAGUCUUGCAGAAUUUUGUUUAUUUUCUCAAAUAUGCUUUCACCUGUCUGAUAAUGAGGCACAUAAUUUACUAAAAGUCCUGUGGUACUCCAGUUAUUUCAAUAUUUUAACAUGUUUAUUAUUGACGGCAA